ACGCGAUGUCGCCAGAGAGAUCCACAGACAUGCUUCCUUCAGAUGAGGUCACUUCUUACAGCCGUUGAUUUCCGGCUGAUGAGGUUUGCGUACACGUCUACUUACAGAAUCCGUGAGUGUAGUCUGGAGUAGAGCAACAACAAAUCCGUUAACCCUUGUCUACAGUAUCAGCCGUGGAUUCACUUCAUAUAAAAACAUCGAUGAAAGAAAGCAUGCACGUCUAACAGAGAGCUCAGUGACUAGACGAAGAAUCCUUUGCAGUUUGAAAUCCAUCGGCACUGAGUUUGUGUUUACACUGAAGUCAGAUGGGGGAGGUGAGGAAACUCCAAAAGAAGUUAAGGCAAAUUGAAAACUUGGAGAUCAAAAUUUCCCUCACUCCCGAGGAAAAAGUAAAGGUCUCAAAGAAGGCGGAGCUUCGCUCCACAUUGGCUGAGCUUCUGCUGCAGCAUUCUGGCCCCCAGCAAACUCAAGGGAUUGUGGGAAAGGAGGAGGAUAAAAUGAAAAGACAAGUCGAGGAGGUCAAAGAGCAACUUGUUGUUGCCUGUCGUCCUGCGCUGAAGAUUGCUCGAGAGGAGAGACGAGAGAAUGAAAGAAGCGAUGGAAGCCAGACAGAUGGCAGAGGAGAAACGCAUCUCCCCGUCAGCCCCAGUGCAGAAGAACAAGAAGAUGCCGAGUUCAAAUCUCGCAGACAGACUUGGGAAAAGGCCAAGUUUCGUCUCAGGACUCUGGAGGGUCAUAGUGACAUCAUCACCUGUGCGGUCGCCGUCGACAAUCUUGUGAUUUCUGGCAGUCGAGAUACAACAGUUAAAGUGUGGCACGUUCCCACGGCAACGGAGCAGCGCAAUUUGGGAGGUCACAGUGGUGGAGUCACCUGUCUCAGUGCACCACCUCCAGAGUACUGCAGGAGACUGGCACAUGUAUUCGACUUGGCUGACAAGGAAAGAUUUGUUCUAAGUGGUUCCACAGACUGUUGUGUGAGAAUUUGGGCUUUGAGCUCGGGUCAGUGCAUCAAAUCCAUCUACACAUUCAAUGCUGUCUCAAGCCUGUGCUUCAUUCCUGAAGGAGAGGGCUUCAUUGUUACAGGUUCAGACGCUGGGAAGCUGCAGGUCUGGAGCUGGAGCUCGCUGGAGAACUGGCAGUCAGAGAACGCACACCUGGACGCAGUCACCACACUACAGUCCCAGGGUCCUCUGCUGUUCAGCGGCUCCGCAGAGGGAUGUGUGUGUGUGUGGGAGGUGUCCGAUAAAUGGACGGAGCCCCUCCGCAGGUUGCACAUCUGGGGGCCAGAAGUCACAGGGUGUGGUGGGGUUGACGGGGUGAACGGGAGGCUGAUUCUGAGCCCCCGUGGUGACCGCGUGUUCCUUUCGUGUGGAAAGGCCAGCAUACGAAUCCUAAAUUGGAGAACGGGCGUGAUGACCAGACUAACCAAUCACAGCAGCACUGCUGGUGUCACAGAUUGCGUCAAUCAAAUACCCGGCCUUUUGAUUGGCUCUUGUUUUGACAUCACUAAUGGAGAGAGCACGAUUAACUUGUUCUCGCUUCCCCAGUGCAAAUACCUGGUUUCACUCACUUCUUCAGAUCUUCCCAGGAUUCUUUGUUUUGCUGCGUGGCUAACAGCAAGUGGGGACCAUCGUUGGGUCACAGGGGGUCGUAACCUCAUUGUUUGGGAGCAGCUUCCUGGAAGUUUUAAAAAGAGAGAUGAUCGGAGCGGCGAGGAGUCAGUGAACAGGCUGAAGCGAUGGAGCGAUGAUGACAGGAAGUGGGAGGAGUUGGGCGAAAUGCAGAUACCAGUCACAGCGCAGGCCAGCACCACUCAGCUGUGGGCAGUGGACUGGGGUCCCACGCAGCCCCUGGAGGACGAAACCCAUCACUUGCUGUCCAGUCUGGAGACGGAGGGUUUGAGGGUGACUACGCCCGAGGACUGGUCGCACCGUCGAAGCGCGGCUGCCAAUCAAACGCAACGCCCGACUACGGGAGAGAGGGACAAGAUAGAGACAGAAGAGCAGGACACCGAGGAAGUGGACCCACAGUUUUAUGUGACAGUGACGAUCUCAUCUCUGCUGAUUCUCUCUGCGGUCAUCAUCUCUGCUAAACUCUGUUACGACCGCAGUCUCUCUCAGCGCCCUCCGCCUCUCUCCCUCGCCAUCCCUCGCUCCAUAGCUCAGGAGGACAGCAGGCAGACUCUAAACAGCACUCCAUCCUUCCCCGACAGAGAGAGGAUACCAGUGGUCAAUCUUUGAAGAGCUGACUGUUCCGAGCACGAUAAUCAAAUCCCGCGGGCAUGACACAGACUUUGGUGUGGCCGUUGGUGAGAACACGUGGGCAAGCCAUGCGAAUGUACAUAACAUGUUAGAUAGACAAAUGUGGAUUUAUGGAUGAAUACAUCUGUUUGGACACUCUGAUGGAGACUGUGAGGUUUUGUGGUCCAGUGGCUCUUCGUUUCUGGCUGUACCUCUUUCUUCCAGUGCUGUUUGUACAGUAUUAUUCUCAUUAGCUCAACGCAGCCAUUCACAAGGGCUCCGGGAAUGCUAUGUCCUCUACCAUAAAAACAAUCAUUAGCUUCUGAUCCUGGAAUAAGCUGUGAUGUAUGUAGUCAUUAAUUUAGUAACCGGCGUGACAUGCUUGCAGUAGCCUCUCUUUCAUGCAUACAAAGGUUACAGCUGCCUACUGCUGCCUUUAUCGCACUUAAUGUAGCAUUUAUUUGAGCUUAAUGAAUGACUGCAGUUAUUUUGAAGAGUUAAAUAUAAUUCACAUCAUUUGUUUUAUAGUGUUUUGUUUCAUAUGGCUCCGUGUUCCAUGGCAACAGUGGACUGCAAUGACGUCAGCUGCUAUCUGGAAACACCUCUGCAGUGUUACCUUAUAAUUUACACUAAUUAUCAGAUGGACGUUUUCGUAAAUCUGACUCAACAUCUGUUGAGGUGUUGGUGAAACCUACGUAAUUCUAUUCUGAGUGUGUUGUUAUGCUUCUUAUUAGCUUUAUACUUCUAAAUCAUGGCCAUAUAGCUCUUCUCGGGGGUCUUUUUUGGUUUAGCAGAGAGCUAGCACUCACACCACAGUGGCUGAUGUGUGUGAUGUUUUCAUGUUGAGUUUAUGGAAAGCACAAUUAAGAACAUGUAUGAAGACACACUGAAAAAUAAGCUUGGCGUUUCCAUGGCAUAUUUAGUUUGAUAAGCAAUUAAAAAACCAUGCCACACAAGUUUGUUUGAUGUAUCGCUACGCUAACAACCCAUGGCUAGCGAGGCAGCUUGGGGUUUCUUGUUUAUGAACUGCAACUAUCAGGAGGGUUUGGGUUUUUAGACGAUAGCAACAUUUUAAAAUCUGUCCUGAAGUCAGUGUUGCUACUAAUUUUACUUCCGUAUUUUGACUAAUUUGAUAAUGAAAGUGGAUAUUCAACAGGAAAAAUUAAGGAAGGAUGUUUUAAAGGACAAGUGUGAAAAAUGAUCUUUCUAUCACAGAAAAGAGUCAGACUGACUGCAAAUUUGCAAAAUCAGUGUGUGGAUAGCUAAUUGGCUAAUCAAUGGUUAACGUUAUCUAAGUGCAACAGUGUCCGCCCACUUUAUCAGCGGGCUUAAUUUCUGAAGUAUUUUUCCCAUUCUUUUUUCCCCCAUAGGGAUUUAAAAUAAAGUCUUUAAAAGUUACAAGCCAUGAACCAAAUCAACAAGGUGAAUCACAACAUUACAAACUUUCAUUUGAAGCAAAAAAGUAUUUGAAAAACGGACAAAAGGACAAAGGUGCAAGACUGUACUUCCAUUAUGCGUUGUGAAUGACAUAAUGGAAUUAAAAAUAAUGCAGAGAUAGAAAACCAUUGACUUAAAGACGUUUAUUAUAUGUAGAAGUGAUAUAUUUUAGGUUUAUGGCAAAAUAUGCAUAUUAUACAAAUAUUUAAGUCAUUUGAGAGUUUAGGGAGACUGACUCCAAUUCGUAUUUGGCAGUGCUUCGUGGUAAUGUGCAGGUGGUGAAGUGUUCUUUUGGCACUAUUUGCUUAUCACGAUCCUCUGUAAGAAUCGUGAGUAAUUUAGAUUUUCACCAAAAACAAGUCUCAAUAAUGCAGGUCGAGUGCUUCAACAGAAAUCACAGUAGGUCUGUCCUUCAUAGUUUAUAAUUUAAUCAUUAAAAAUCAGUCCUCUAAUGGAGAAAUUGAAUGGGAUUUUUACUUCCAGAACCUGACUUUGCAUUCUAUAAACUGUGUGGUCUGUCUUAGUAAAAGGAGCAAGUUCGUACAUUUGAUUUACAUUUAAUUCAAAGACUUUUUUUCUUCUUCUUUGAAAUAAUGAUGAAUUGUUCACAAUAUGACCAAGAACAUAUAUAUAUAUAAAAUGGUCGGUUUUACAUAUUGAUACAUUCUCACUUUAAACCAGAAGUAAUAUAAGCUGAAUUUUCCAAGGAAAUCAUAAUCAUCAUAACCCUCUCAAAUAACCGUGUAACUCAUGAAAUUAAAAAAAAUAAAUAAAUUACAACAGAGAGGGGAAAAAGAAACUAAUGUGCCAUUAUAGUUUAUGGGCACAUCAAGAUUGAAUUCUCUCAUAAUUUUUCACAUCAUGCACAAGAAGCUACACCAUGUGAGAUAUGUUUAGAGGUUUCACAUCAUUUAUGUAGCACUGCCUUAAAUAUGUGAUUCAAUGUACUAUGAAGUCAAUAAAAAGCCAUCUCUGGUGUUUUAAAACGUGUUUCUUUGGUGUGGUGUUUGAAAGGACUUCCUAUAUGACAGUGACUCAUGCAAUCACGCACGCCAAACAGCCAGGCCAAAGGGACACCGCGAACACUCAUUAGCCAUCGCACAGCAACAAAACACCAGGACACAAAGAUGCUUCACACGUUCACUUCAGACACACACAUGCUGUACGUAAGCCGCAAGAGUUCACAGCUCCCAUCUGCUUAGAGCUGGGAGACUGAGAAACAGUGAACCUCAGUCACACCGACUGAAAUUAACACCACUAUUUAUAGAGAGAAACAGAAGAGGGUGUGUGCGUAAAAAGGAUCAUGGAAUUUGAGGUGGAUGGAUUUCUGCAGAGAGAAAGAGAGAGGAGGCAGGGGUUAAUGCAAAAGUAGAUCAUCGCUCUCUGUUUUUUAUUGUUCUCCUCAUUUCUAAGUGGCUACCACAAGUUAAUCGCUACCAUUACAGACCAUUACGCAGGACAGAGAGAGAAACAUUGCUUUAGUCAGGCUUUAUGGCUGGAUAAAGGGCAUUUCACAUAACACAGUGGUGGGAAAGAGCGUAUGUGCUGAGAGGAAGAGAGGAAA